AUGGCUUCCACCACGCGCGUCUUGGGCGUGAUCGGCGGCUCCAGUCUCUUCCACGCCAAGAGCUUCUCGUCCGGACUGGUCGAGCAGGUCGUCAACACGCCAUUCGGCGGCGUCGCGUGCCACGUCGGAACGUGGUCCGCUCCGAGCACCGCCGACGAUGUCCCUUCGAAGCUGCAGCUCGUCUUCGUGCAGCGUCAUCACGCCGAUCCAGACGGCGAGUACCGCCAGCCGCGGCAGAUCAACUUCCGCGCCAUUGCAUCGGCGCUGCAGCUGCUGCACUGCGCGGCCGUCAUCGGUAUCUACUCGGUCGGGUCCAUGACCCCCACGAUCGACGUGGGACGCUUCGUCGUGCCCAACGACUUCUUCAGUCCGUUCGACAUCCUGCACCUGUCCAAUGGCUACGACGCCCACGUCGUGCCGGGCCUCGACACUAAGCUCCAGGGCGCGAUCCUGCAGGCGCUGCAAGGCGGAGGCUUCGAGCCGCACGACGGCGGCGUCUACGUGCAAACGGCCGGUCCGCGCUUCGAGACCAAGUCGGAAGUGCGGUUCUUCGCCCAGUUCGGUCAGCUCGUCGGUAUGACUGGCGCCAAUGAGGCCGAGCUCCUGAACGAGCUGCACGUGCCGUUCGCCAUGUUCUCCAUCGUGGACAACAUGGCCAACGGCCUGGGCGACCGGCUCACGCUCGAGGCGUUCAAAGCCACGCAAGAGGCCAAUGCUGGCAAAAUGGAGCGCGCGGUGGUCCACGUGCUGAACGAAGUGACGAGUCGCGACACGUUGGCUGCGCUCGCCACGACGUCAUGA